AGCUUCCAAACGUUAAAUCAGUGUGAAAAGAAGAAAUAUAAAAUCUUAAAUCAAAGUGAUUGUUUUGAUGUUUUGUCUUUUCUGCAGAUGCUGUUUAUUCAAACCAACUGAGCCCCCGCCCCUCCCACAGAAGAAGCUCCAAUGAACACCGCGCCCGGCUCUGAGAACUCCUUCUGAAGCGGUGGGCGGGGCCUGUCCUGUCCAGGAGGCGUGGCCAGAGAUGGACAGCAGGUGCAGCAGCAUCGAUUCGCGGUUCACGGGCAGCAGGGGGAUCACCUCCAUCAACCCGUCGACGCCCGUCUCUGUCAGGGUGGAGUCGUACGAAGGCGUGGAGAAGAAGUGCAUCUCGGACGUGAGGAGGACGUUCUGCCUCUUCGUCACCUUUGACCUCUUGUUCAUCACCUUGCUCUGGAUCAUAGAGCUCAAUGCGAGCGGAGGCGUUCGGGUGCAGCUGGAGAAGGAGGUCCUGCACUAUGACUACCACGCCUCCUUCUUCGACAUCUUUGUGCUGGCGGUCUUCAGGUUCGCAGCUCUCAUCCUGGCCUACGCCAUCUGUAAGCUGCGUCACUGGUGGGCCGUCGCAAUCACCACUACAGUCACCUGUGCUUUCCUCAUCGUUAAAGUCAUUUUAUCAAAGCUGCUGUCUCAGGGGGCCUUCGGGUAUCUGCUGCCCAUCAUCUCCUUCGUCCUGGCCUGGAUAGAAACCUGGCUGCUGGACUUUAAGGUCCUGCCUCAGGAGGCCGAGGAUGAAAACAGAUAUCAGUCCUUUGUGAACGCCGCUGAGCACGCCGCUCUGAUCGGGCCCGGUCCGGUGUCAGACGGACAGUUUUACUCCCCACCAGAGUCUCUGGCAGACUCUGACGAGGAGCUGGACGACAAACACGAGCCGGAGAAGGGUCUGAUUCAGAACCUGACAUAACAGCCUCCUCUGAUGAAGAGGGAAGUUUUCUCCUGCUCCCGUUCUGCUUCUGAGGGAAACUUCUGCCUUAAACAUUCUGCCAUUUUUUUAAAAAUUGAAUGAAGUCUUUGUACGUUCAUAUCCCACGAUGCACCUCACUUUCUUCAAGUUUCAGUCAUCGGCACAUUUUGAGACUGGAAAAGUGCUGCUUUAAAAAGGCAGUUUCAGCGCUACGACCUCCGGUUUGAUCGUUUCUCCACAUUUCUGGACCUCGUAAGGGAAUUCAUUUUAUACAAAAAUGCACUUAAAGUUUGGUUGAAUUAAAAAAAAGCCAAUACUUUUUUUUUUAAAGAUCCUUUUUAAAYGUUCAACCCCAAUUCAAACUAUUACAUUUUGUUUUACACAACGUUUGAACAGUUUGUUUACUUUUAAACUGUUUUGUAUUAAGUGUAAACUUCUUGCACAGACUCUUGGGUAUAAUGAAGAAGUGGACCAGUUUGUUAAACACAUUCUACUUUAAAGUGUAUAAAACCACUGAAGUAUCUCGCAUGAAACGUAAAGAUCUGAAGUAUUUAAGAGAAGAAGAGUCAUGAAUCUGUUAAAUAAAACACAUGAAGGUUUCUGCACUGGAUGGAAAUAAAAAUCCUGCUUCUUUAAGCUGCUCUGAUGGAACAAAGAGUUUAAAUGUAACUGUACAUAUCGUCAUGCAUGCCCUGCAACGCCUGUAUGCAAAUCUGAACCAUUAAAAUGUGAAACCUGGAA